GACCACGAGGCUCUCCAAGUUCUCUCAGAAUGGGCACUCCACCACCUCCAUCUCCCCCACCACCGGGGCCCAGACCCUGGCCCCUGGUAGGCAACCUCUUCCAGCUGGGCGACCAGAUCCACCUGUCCCUGACCUCGUUGCGCGAGCGCUACGGCGAUGUGUACCAGCUGCGGAUGGGCUCGCUGCGCGUGGUGGUGCUGAGUGGCCAUGGCACGCUGCGCCAGGCGCUGGUGCGGCAAGGAGAAGCGUUCGCCGGGCGGCCUGAGCUCUUCAGCUUCGCGGCGGUCGCCGGUGGUACCAGCAUGACCUUCAGCGAGAAGUACGGCGAGGCCUGGACGCUACACAAGAGGGUCUGCAAGAACGCCCUGCGCAACUUCGCCCAGGCCCGGCCCAGUUCUGUCUCCAACACCACACACUGCCUGCUGGAGGAGAGGGUCCGUGCAGAGGCUUUGGGGCUGUUGGAGGCCCUCCUGCACCAGCAGAACCAGGAGGAAAGGAGUGGGCUGUGUCGCGGCGUGGACCCUGCCCCGAGCCUGGUGGUCUCGGUGGCCAACGUGGCGUGCGCCCUGUGCUUUGGGAAGCGCUACGACUAUGACGACGAGGAGUUCUUGGCCCUGGUGCGCAUCAACAAGGAGGUGAUGCGCCUGUUCGGCGCAGGAAACCUGGCGGACUUCUUCCCCGUGUUCCGCUACCUGCCUAGCCCGUCCCUCAAGGGCAUGAUGCAGCACAUACGUCGCAUGAACCACUUCAUGGAGAACCACAUUGCAGAACACAUCAAGACCUACGACAAGAGCUGCAUCCGUGACAUCACCGACGCCCUGAUAGCCUUCUGUGAGGACAGACAGGACAGCAGAGAGGGACAGAUGCUCUCCAACUCACAGAUUGUACGGACCGUUAUUGACAUCUUUGGGGCUGGGUUUGACACCAUCAUUGCUGGCUUGCAGUGGAGCCUCCUGUACCUUGUGAAGUUCCCUGAUGUGCAGGAUAGAAUAUUUCAAGAGAUCGAUGGCCAAGUGGGCUCUGACAGACUUCCAAGUUUUGAGGACAAGCCAAAGAUGUCCUACACUGAGGCCUUCAUCUUUGAGGUGUUACGGCAUGCAUCCUACAUGCCCUUCACCAUUCCACACUGCACGACAGAAAACGUCACUUUGAAUGGAUACUUCAUCCCCAAGGACACAUGCGUGUUUGUCAAUCAAUAUCAAGUAAAUCAUGACAGGGAAAUCUGGGGUGACCCAGACACCUUCCGACCAGAGCGGUUCCUCAGUCAGAAUGACAACAACAACCAGCUGAACAAGGAGCUGACGGAGAAGGUGACGAUCUUUGGAAUGGGCAAGCGCCGUUGCCUGGGCGACGGAUUUGCGCGCCUGGAGAUGUUUGUGUUCCUGACGACGCUGCUGCAGAGGAUGCGCUUGGAGGCCGUGCCGGGUCAGACGCUAGACCUCACCGCAGACUUUGGCCUCACCAUGAAGCCCAAACCGUACCGCAUCCGGCUCAGCCUUCGCUCCAUGCUUUCUGUCCUUGACAGAUGGGAGCUCCGAGGAUGCACUCUUCCACCCCCACCCCCUAAUAACAGUCCUGCUGAGUCUGCACCUGCACUUUGCCUGUACUGUACCAGGAGCAGGAGGUACCCACUGAGUAUGGUGCACCCCAUCAACCCCCAUGCCAUUCCCAUUCCCAUGCGGUAA